GCAACUUGCAAGUAUAGCAACAGUAGGAAGAACCUAAAAGGCCAUGAGAAAAAUGGCUCCUCCCUUCACUUCUUUCUCUUCCCAAGUUACCCUUAUCAUCGCCAUCACAACGUCCUUGUUCAUCCUUUCAUCUUCUACUUCCACCACCUCACCACCCCAGCCCCACCCCUUCAAGAAAAUAUACGCUUUCGGGGACUCAAACACCGACACCGGCAACACAAAAGCGGCCGAAAACCUCCCCUACGGCCGCACAUUCUUCCACCACCCCACCAACCGGUUCUCCGACGGGCGGCUGGUGAUCGACUUCGUAACGCAGGCACUGUCACUCCCUUUCCUGCCCCCUUACCUCGACCAAAAUGCUGAUAAAUCAAUAGGAGUUAACUUUGCAGUGGCUGGAUCCACCGCAAUAAGCCACAGUUUCUUUGUCAAGAACAAUCUCACACUUGAUCUUACUCCUCAGUCACUUGAAACCCAACUUGAUUGGUUCAACAAGCACUUGGAGGCUCAGGGGUGCAAAGGGGCUGAAACAAGAAGCCAAUGUGAUGAAGCAAUGAACGAUGCUUUGUUUUGGGUUGGUGAAAUCGGAGCCAAUGACUAUGCUUAUACCAUUGGAUCCUCUGUGUCAGGCAGCACCAUUCAACAGCUUGCAGUUGAGAGUGUCACUGGGUUUCUGCAGGCAUUGUUGACAAAGGGUGCAAAGUACAUAGUGGUCCAAGGCCUCCCCCCAACAGGCUGCUUAACACUGACCUUGGCACUGUUUGGAAACGAGGACAGAGACAACAUCGGUUGCGUUGCAAGCGCAAACCACCAAAGCUACCGCCACAACGCUGUGCUCCAGUCCAAGUUACACGAUUUCAGGACCCGAUUCCCCCAUUCUGUCAUAGUUUAUGCCGAUUACUGGAAUUCCUACCGCACCGUCGUGAAGAACGCGGGCAAGUACGGGUUCAGGGAACCUUUCAAAGCCUGCUGUGGGUCGGGGGGCGGACCCUACAACUUCCAAGUGUCUGAUUGGUGCGGAUCGACGUCGUCGAGCUCAUGCUCGAACCCUUCCGAGUACAUCAAUUGGGACGGAGUUCACCUCACCGAAGCAAUGUAUAAGGCGCUUUCUGACUCCUUCCUCAAAGGAUCGUUCUGUCGUCCUCCUUUCAAGUACUUGCUAGGCAGGAAAAAUCAAGCAGGCGGGGAGUACUAAUAAGGACAACGUUGUAUCGCAGUUUUUAGUAGUCUUUUUCUGUUAGCAGAUUUAGACAGAUGAGCUAGUAGGUGAAGAAAUGCAAGGGCAGAAGGGAUACAAUAUGGCUUCUAUGAAAUAACAUACUACUUGCCUGUGUAAA